AUCAUUUGUGCGCUGCCUUCAGAACAAAAAACCUAAUUUCUUGCGUUUUUGGGUGCUCUAUGCUGAAUAAAGAUGAGCGGGAACUCAGAGGGUAAUAAAGAGUUCCAUGAACAGCUUCGUUUGCAGCAGCUGUAUGGCCAGAGGGAAGGGAGUGGAGAUGAUCCAUACAUGUAUGUCGAUCCAGAGGAUGGCACUGUGUAUGACUGGGACCAUGAAAAGAGGGCAUGGUUUCCAAAGAUAAAUGAUGAUUUCAUCGCAGCAUAUCAAGCAAACUAUGGCUUCAAUGAGGAGGGAGCCCCUGAUCCAGCUGCUGCAGCUUCUCCUGCCGAAUCUCUCCCUGCACAGCCAGAGGCAGCCAAGAAGCCAGGGGAACCCAAACAAACAGAGAAACCCAAGAAACCGGAGGAGUGCUCUGACCAAGACAAAGCUGAAGAGGGCACGCAGAAAGGAGAGAAGAGGAAAGCAGAUCCAGGCUGGUUUGAAGUUGAAAAGGAUAAAAACACAAAUGUUUAUGUGACAGGUCUUCCUCCAGACAUAACUCCUGAUGAGUUUGUAGAUGUUAUGUCCAAAUGUGGAAUUAUUAUGCGUGAUCCUGUCACAGAGGAAUAUAAAAUUAAACUCUACAAGGACAAGGAUGGGAAUCAAAAAGGAGAUGGACUUUGCUGCUACCUAAAGAAAGAGUCUGUAGCCCUCGCUGAACGCCUCUUGGAUGAGAAUGAGAUUCGGGGCUACCGGCUGCAUGUGGAGGCAGCGCGAUUUGAACUCAAAGGUUCAUACGAUGCCAGCAAGAAGAAGAAAAAGAGCAAAGAGUAUCGCAAGAAGCUCCAGCAACAACAAAAACAGCUGGACUGGAGGCCAGAGAAGGCUGGGGAGGUUCGCAAAAGGCAUCAAAAAGUUGUCAUCAUCCAAAACAUGUUUCAUCCCAGCGACUUUGAGGAGGAUCCACUGGUGCUGAAUGAGUACAGAGAUGACCUGCGGACAGAAUGUGAGAAAUUCGGGCAGGUGAAGAAGGUCAUCAUCUUUGAUAGGCACCCGGAUGGAGUGGCAUCUGUAGCUUUUAAGGAACCUGAAGAAGCAGAUAUGUGUCAGGCAGCUCUGAAUGGACGCUGGUUUGGAGGGAAGCAACUAUCAGCACAACUGUGGGACGGUGUAACUGACUACCAGGUUGAAGAAACAUCACGAGAACGAGAAGAAAGACUGAAGGGCUGGUCCUCUUUCCUGAGUAAUGAGAGUGCAUCUGGUAAAGCUGAAGCAGAAACUCAGAGUGAAAAACAAAACUCUACCAAAAAAGACGAAGCAGCUGAACAGUCCCAACAGGAGGAGCACAGAGGAGAAAGCACAGCAGAACGACAGAUGGAGGCCGACAAAAAGGAUGAGGAGGAAGGAGGAAUGGCAUCAACCGACAGUAGUUUAGCUGGAAGUGAUGAUGAGGAUGCAUAGACAUGGCCCAUAGGAAAGGACAGAACUUGUUUAAUGUCCUUUCCUUAUAAACAUCUUAACACUCAAUGUUUCCCCUUUAGGACAAUGAUAGAAAUUUGACUAGUCAUUUGUGUUGAUUGCUUAUCUCACUUUUCUUCAUGCUACUGUCCCACAAUGUCUGAAUCAAUUUGAACCUCUGUUAAUAGUUUUAUAAUAAAAUAAAAAAAAAUCUG